AUGGCCUCGUCUCCCUUCCCCGCAGCCUUCAUCCGCUUCUCAGCGACUCCACAGAAUCCCAACAAGAAGAGUAGAAAAGCUCCGCCGAUCACCAUUUCCACCAAUCGUUCGUGCAUCGACGUUGUCCACCUCCGCGAACUUCUUCACGCCUCAGGCCACUCUUGCCACAGGUUUCCCACUGUCGGUGCUGAUGGCCGGCCCGAGCCGGUGGAUCUGGGAAAGCUCAGCAGGGCAGUGGCGCACAGCCCCGUCGUCGUUUCGGUGUUUUGCAAAUCGAAUUUCCCUCUCGGCGACCAAGACCCGGGCGGAAUCUCCCGAUUUACGGGGUUCGAGCAGAUGUUUGAGAGGGCUGUCUCCGUUCCCGACCCCGACUCGCUGCUAAUUGGCUUUGGCCGGGCUGUGACCGAUGGUGGAUUGACGGCUUCGAUUCAUGAUGUCGUGGUGAGCGAACUCAUCGCUUCUGAUACUUUCUCUAGUUUGCUGGAUCACAAAUUCAUGGGAUCAUGGUCUCCAUUUUCUGCGAACGAUAACCUAUAUCUAGUACCAUCCAGCUGUUCCCCUUCAGCUGGAAGCAUAGGUUGGAAACUGAGUACCCCAGAAAUCUCAAUUCCAUAACUUAACGCCCGGUCUGGUUCUAAUAAUCUCAUUUCUGCUUGUUUUCUUGUAUUUUUUGAUACCCUUGAUUGAGGGAGAGGAUCAUUAACAUUGUUUUAUCAUAGAUUUGAGAUUAUAGUUGGCCGUGAUUUUAUGCAGAUUUAUUUUAUGCAUAUUUUCCCGUGAUUCACCAGCAUAUAUUAUUCGGUCAUUCAGUGGGAAAUCCCCGAGUUGCUGUUUGGAAUUUGGAAUCCCUGUCAAGAAAUAUUUUUUUCCGAUAAAUUCCUUUAGCACUUUCGUGCAGCGAACGAAUUGUGACCAUUAGACACAAACGGGCGGCCGUCCCGGAAUCCAUCAAGAGAUGAACUUUUCUCGCGGUUUUAUGACAUGUGUCAUUUGAGAUAAGUGUCCACUAUCCAUGCAAUCACGUGGAUAAUAACGUUUUCUACCUAUAUAUGUUCCCUGUUUCCUAACCAAAUUAACUAAAAUCUAUGUCUUCUUUGUCUCUGUAAGGAAAUCAGAUUCUGCAGCAGUCCUUUUUUCUUUUUCCUUCGUUUAGGAAUGUAUUACGGAAAAAGAGGAUCUUGGUUAUAGUCUGAAUGGUGUCAGAUAAGACAAAAGGCCAUCCUCUGAGAAGUUUAACUAUGAUUAUGACAGCUGUUAUGGGUUAUUUAUCUCAUAGAUAUUAUUAUUAUCCCGGGAUUUCAUGUUGUAGAUUUGAUUUUUUUUAAAGCUUUUUUAUUAAAUUUGCGUCCACACUCACAACAGAAUGAGCGAGAUCUUGGAGAUUCGUUGUUAUUUCUUUGUUGUGACGAGUAGGAUCAUAUCCCCUGUCAUCCCCUCGUUCACCCUGAUGAUGGAGGUAUUUAUAGCUGAAUGUGAUUUUAUCUACUGUGACACACAGGUCAUGCCAUCACUUCAAAGACUGGGAAUCGGUCGUAAGAUUGUCCAGAGACUCGUAAGGUAUGCACAAAGAGUAGGGGGUCUUCGUGACAGUAAUAUUAUUUUUCUUUGUGUAUGAUUUCUUCCUACUAUUCUGUGUUUUUCUCUUGAUCACGCUCUGUUUUCUAGAACUGUGUGUCUUUGUGACGUCUCCUCACGCAGUUUCACAUCUCAACAAAAUACUUGGUCUCACAUAUCCAAGCACACUGUCUGGGUUUCUCUCUUGACACGGACCCUACUAAAUCGGCAUGGGAAAUCACUAAAAAGGGGGAGUUCAUGUCAAAAGGUUCCCUUUGUUUAAUAGUCUGCUUAUUCUUUGUUAUGAUGGAAGUUCAACCUACUCUGAAGAAGCUCUGAAGCACAGUCUGAGCCAAAGGACCGUAUACACAUAUAGUCAGGUUUCAGAUUUUCUAGAAUUUUUCUCAGGAACCUGUAAUUUUAUCUUCUUUGACCCUCAAAUCAGAAUUUACAUUUCUGAGUGCCAUGGUGUCAGGAGAAACUGAGAUUUUCCAAGGCAUUCUAAUGUCUGAAACUGAUGGAACACCACCAUUUCAGAAUUUAGAAGGAUAUCCGGAGCCUGAACAUAUUUUCUUUCUCUUCCAUGAUGAACGGGCAUCAUGGGAAACAGUUUCAGGUUGAAAAAUCGAAGCCUUUAAAUUAGCUUUUCUUUUUCUCUGGGUGUUAACGGGUGUUCUAUCUAUCUUAUGAAGAAUCAGCUAGAGGAGGCGCUCUUUCUUUUGCCUUAUUGUCCCAAAAGAGCAGGGCUUCAGACUGACAAGAAUGCGAUCUUGUCGAGGCAGGUUAAGUGAUGAUCACGAUCUUCACUAAUGAAAUUAGACUCAGAAAGACUGAGAGGAGAGAAGAAAGAAAGCAAGUUCAUUGUUCUUCUUUUUCUGUAGGAACAAGUUUACCCAAUUCAAUUCUUCCUCUUCUAUCUUCUGCUCUUCUCACAUGCCUAGUUCUGCUUCUCUAUAAAGCCAUCUUUUUUGCAACUUUUCUCCCGGAUCCUCUUUUUCUUCUGCAGUGCCGUCGUCCUAUGAAAAUUCUGUCGUUAUUUACCCCUUUUUUAUCACCCCAUCAUCAUUAUUGGUGCCGUCCGCCUCACCUCUUUUUCUUGAUUUGCCGAUAAUCUGAAAGCCCGAGGUUUUACGUCACAUCAGUCACCUAAGAUACUGAACGGCCAUCUCCUUAAGUUGUGGCCAUUUUGGGAAAUGUGAACCACUUCAAAUCCAUCCCCAAGGAGGAGCUUGACUUGGAACAACAGCCAUUUGUGUCAACUGGUAGUACUCAUCUGUGCGACGCCUUGACCUGGUCUUGGAGGAAAAAAGAAGUCCUUUAGGAUUCAGUCUGGUAGCUGGGUAGUGGCCAACACCUGAAAGUAGCUCUCAUGAUUCUUCUCAUGCGUUUCUUCUCUUGCAGGACGUGGGAGACCUUAUAGCAAUGUGCAUGUGCAAAAUCUGUCUCUGCCUUUUUUAUUUUAGAGCCCAUGUUAUGCCGCCAGUAUUUAAAUCCAAGGCUGUUGUGAUUUCUCUCAGGGUUCUCACUAGCAGAGAGAUUUAUGAUAUUUCUGCCCUGUGCUCCACAGAGGAGAGGUACGCUCAUCCUUUCGCCUUGCAAUUCAUAUUAAGAACUUUCAUCGAACAUCCGCGGUAGUUAACUACUUAUGCAGACGGAUUUCAAUAAUCCAAUCAUUAAGCUGUACUGGGUAUCUGUGAAUCAGUCGCUCAAACAGGGUGGGCAGCAUGGCUCUCUGGAACCACCCUUUUUUUUGAAAGUGGGUUGGUUGCAAACCUGUUCGAUGGUGAUCACAGAUUUCUUACAAUCUCGUGCACGUUUGGUAGGCUCCAAAAGAUUUAGGCUUUGAAUUGCUUCGCGCUGUUCACAGAGAAAGGGACUCUGCAGAGGAAAUCAGGCCCCUCCCCUCAUACUGGAAAAAUAAAAAAUAAAAAAUCAGAAGAUUCCCUUGCCAAAAAAGAAUAGCCUAGGUGAAAACAAUGCAGUGUAUGCCUUUGGAAAAUAUUAUCUUUGGCAGGAUCCACACCCCUCAGGGGAGGUAAUCAUCUGAGCGAUAUUUGCUAUCACAUCCUCUAAACUCAUCAGCUCGUUGGCAAUGAUCGUAGUUUUGCAACAAAUUUGUAUCUCUGGGUAUAUCUGACCCGGCUUCCGCUUCCACCUGUUCAUGGAUGAGACUCUGGGGAUAGAUGGUGGUCAAUAACUUGGAUUGAAACUGUUGCUUGACAGCUUUUCGGAUCGUUCUCCUCUGAUUUCAUGCAUAAAACCCAUUCCAUCCACCAGAUCACUAACGUCAGAAGCCGUGGCCAGGUUAUUUUUCAGGGCAUGCGGAUUUGGAGAUGACAUGCUGGGCUCUACCACGAUGAUGUACACGCGGACUGCCCCAAGUGGUCAAGAGGGAGAAUCGAUGACCAAACAGGCUGGCCGGAUGCUGCUGUUAGCCCCCCCAUCAACGAGAAGGGGGUCCGAUUAA